GUGUGUAGUUUAUAACCUCAACAGUUUUCAUUCUGUGGCAUACAGUGGUUUUAGUUUCGUGUUAUUAUGCCGGAAAAGCUUUAAAAUGAUUAAAGACGCUGAAUUAAAACUUAAAUACGUUGAUGGCGAGUCUUUUGUGCAUCAUGCACCUGUAUUUUCUAAGGAUUCACAAUUCGUUUUUAUUGCGAGUUUGCGACGAUUGUGUAGUUAUACAACGAAAACCGGCAGACGUUUUGUUGACUUUAAGGGAAUUGAAGCAGACAUUGUAAAUUUUGGCUUAUACCAACAAGAUGCAACUGAAUUCAUUGCUGUAUGCACUGUUGAUGGUAACAUUACAUGCUGGAAAGCAUCAAAUGGCCUAAAAGUGAAACAUAUUCAUUUGGAUAUUAAUCAAGUGAGGUUUUUUCAACCUUUUGAACAUUCUGGAAAAUAUAGAGCAUUUCUGGUGUGGGUAAACAAUAAUGGACAGCUCAGCACUGGAUUAUUCCACUUUGAUACUUAUAAACUGCAUCCUAUGUCAUUAGUUUAUAAAAAUAGCAAAAACUGUAAAUUAGCAAUAGGUGCCAAUUUCAUUGCGUUGAUUUCCGGUCGAAAAUUAUUCAUAGAUAACAUUGAAAACGAAAAGUCGCAGCAGGUUAAGAUAAAGAUAGCGAAACGAAAAUUCACAGCAAUUGCGGCGCAUCCGAGCGAAUCUGCAGUUUUAACAGGUGACGAUACAGGUCGCAUUGUGCUAUGGCAAAACUUAUUCGGAUAUUAUACACAAGCGGUGUUCCAUUGGCAUACGCUACCAGUGAAUACGAUUUGUUUUUCGUCUUCGGGGACAACAUUUAGCGGUGCUGAUGAAUGCGUGUUGGUAAAAUGGACUGUGGACGAUUCAACGAGGAAAGGUUUUCUACCACGCAUGUCAAAUUGCAUUCAGCAAGUUGGGAUAGCACCUGAGAAUUUGUAUCUUGCGGUAGCGAGCAAAGACAACGCAAUUCAUAUCGUUGAUAUGCAAUUUAAUCCAGUUUCUAUUAUACAAGAAUUGAUUCUUGGGGAUGAAUUUCCUGCUGGAAUUCACUGGGAUUCGAAAACUCGUGCGUUGGUGUUAAAUGGCACUGUUGGUCAUUUGCAAUUCUAUUCGCCGCAUAACAAACAACUUUUAUAUAAUUUGGAUGUAGUUGGUAUGAAUAGAAUUACCAAUGAAAGAGACGUCCAAAUUGAAAAUACAAACAUUAAAGCGCUCGCAAUUUCCAAAAAUGGCCGGUGGAUGGCGACCAUUGAGGAACGCAACGACGAUGGUGCGUUUUUCGAAGGCAGAUUAAAGUUUUGGAAUUUUAAUGAAGCAAAGCAAAGUUUUCAGUUAAAUACAAACGUGGAGUAUGCGCAUGAAGGCAAAGUUUUGGACUUGAAGUUUCAGCCGUCGAGUAAAGAGGACUAUCGUUUGGUUACACUUGGCGAGGAUGGGUUUUUCAAAGUUUGGCAACUUGUGGAUGUCACAAGUGUUUACACUAAAGGAUUCUCUUGGCGUUGUGCAAGUUCUGGUUUCUAUCGUAACAUGAUUCCCACAACUAUGGCGUUCUCGCAUGAUGGCUCACUGUUGGCAGUCGCAUUUGAGAACAUUUUGACAACAUGGUUGCCUGAAACAAUUGCACUUAAGUGCUCAUUGUUGCACUCAACUUAUUCCGAACUUAUUGAACAUAUUGCAUUCGGCACAAGCACACAAUGUCAUUUAGUUGUUGCUGCUAGUAAGAAACGUCUCAGUGUGUGGAAUUUAUUAACGUUGUCGAUGAUGUGGACAGUGCCUUUGAGAGUGACGCAUUUGGUUACGAAUCCAAUGAGUGCUCACAUGGGGGCCAUCACGCAGAAUAAUAAAUUGUUUAUUUUUGAACCUCAAUGUGAAACUCCGCUGUACGUACACGAAGAAUUAGUUGAUGAUGGAAAGGCUGUCAUGGCGGCCAUUUUGGUUCCUACUGGACGCGUGUAUAGUCAUCGUAAGCAACAAAACUGGUAUGAUAAGACACAACUCUACAUAAUAGACACUAAUAAGGAAUUGCAUUGUUUUGAUACUUCGUCCGACUUUGACGAUGGCAUGUUGGAACCUAUGCAUUUCCUUUUCAACGAGACUGAAACGCAAAGCGCAUUCAGUCACCUAACGCCAGCGUUAAAAUCUGGUGGGGAGAAGGCUUCACAAGUCGUCCACAAUUUCACCCAAAAGUUAUCAAAUUCCAAGCUGGACGACCUUCUUGAAGGAUCUAUACACACUAUGGUGCCAAUGCGAAUGAUUGCGCACGCAAUAAUUAAUUCAAUGAUUUAUGAGAAGCCUAAACAAACAACUGAUUUGGACACAAAUGACGACUUAAAACAAUUGGGGAACAAUCAGUCGGAAUUGAAGAAAAUUGGUAAAAAUAUUAUCGUUGAUGAUUUAGCUGAGGAUCUGUCUAAAAUCGCUUUGGAACCUGUUACUUGGACAUCAAUGUUGACCUAGAAUACAUAAGGUAGGCGUUUAGUCGUCUAUUAAUUUAAUAAUUACAAGUUAAUUACAAUAAAAAAAAACACAUUUA